AUCUCAGCACAGGCCCAUAAAAUAUAUUGUGCAGAUAUGGGCGUUUGCAUUGCCCGCGUCUCUUUCUACUAAACAGCUUACCACCUGCAGCAAAGGCCAUGGGGCAAUUUCAGCACUUCCUGACGCUCACACUGACACCUCCUGCUAAACCCAUGCCCAUGCCUGUGCAAAUGCCUUCUUCUUCUUCUUCUUCUUCUUCUUCUUCUUUCUUUCACCCUCGCUUUAGGCUGCUCUCGAAAUCACCUUUUGCUUCCCAUCCACUCGCCACACGGGCCAACAAGUUUCUUUCUCCUUCUCUCGAAUCUCUCCCGGGCGCUCGAUCCCGUUUCGUCUGCAUGAUGAAUGGAUCAGAUAUGAUUUCACAGCUGGAACUUGGGAAACCAGAGGAAAAACAGAAACCAAAGAAGCAUGUGAAUGGGAUAUUUUGGAUCCUGCUUCUUAAUCUUGGUAUAUAUGUGGCAGAUCACUUGUUUCAGUUUCGGGGCAUCAAAAUCCUAUAUUUGUAUCAUAAUUGGCCUGCAUGGUACCAAUUUGUGACAGCAACAUUCUGCCAUGCUAAUUGGAACCAUCUUUCCAGCAAUCUUUUCUUCUUGUAUAUAUUUGGAAAGCUUGUUGAAGAGGAGGAAGGAAACUUUGCUUUGUGGAUUUCUUAUAUUCUAACAGGCGCUGGAGCAAACCUUGUUUCAUGGCUGGUCCUACCAAGAAAUGCUGUUUCUGUUGGAGCCUCUGGCGCCGUUUUUGGAUUGUUUGCAGUUAGUGUCCUUGUUAAGAUGUCUUGGGACUGGAGGAAGAUUCUUGAAGUGCUUAUAUUAGGCCAAUUUGUUAUAGAGAAGGUGAUGGAAGCAGCCCAAGCAUCAACUGGAUUGUCAGCCCCUUUUGCCUUGCAGAGUGUAAAUCACAUUGCGCAUCUCUCUGGAGCUCUUAUUGGGGUAGUUUUGGUAUGGCUUCUCAGCAGAAUUCCUUCUCAACCCUCGGACCAAGAAAUCUCAACAAUACAUAGAAAAACAAAGAAAUUUUAGACACAUUUAGGUUUAUUUAUUGAAGCAACGAGUCUAUAUUGAAGGAUCUGCUAUUUUAUUUGCAUGCAAUGUGUAACUUGUUCAAAUUUCUACCUAAUGUGUAAAUUGUUCAAAUCUUGUAUCUCAAGGUAUAAGUGGCUCCAUAAAAUGGCCUACUUAGAGUUUCUGAUAAACUUGUAAUCAAGUGGAAGUUGCAAAGGCGAUGAUGAAACAGAGACGAGUUUAUGACUUUCA